AUGUCGACUCUAUUAUCCGAGAAAAACGCUUUCAUUCCUUCCUUGUAUAAGCUUUCGCUCUCCAUUGAUCACAACAAAUCAACUUUUAAAGGUCUUAUCUGCAUCGAUUUGGUAGCAAAUGCUUCAAAAUUUAAAGACUCUGGAGAUUUCGAAGUGACAUUGAAUUCUUCAAAAAUUGUAGUAACAAGUGCGACUUUAAAAUUGAAUACUGAAAUUAGCGACUCGCAACAAGCAGAGGAAAAGUUGAAAAUUGUCUACAAUAAAGACAAGGAACAAGUGACAUUUUCCAAACAAGAUGUAAAGGUUGUACAACCCCAAUGCCUGUUGGUAUUAGAGUAUGUAGGUCAGCUUAACCAAAUCAAAACUUACUCUGAUCCCACAUUCGGAUUAUACAAGACAAACUACUUAGACACAGUUAGUGGCACUAGUACAAAUUAUAUUCUCGCAACUCACAAUCAACCUUGUUUCACUAGAAAAGUCUUCCCUUUAAUCGAUGAAAUUGGGUUCAAGGUCCCCAUUAAAUUAGAGUUGGAAACCUUAAAUAAAUUCAAAGCUAUCUCCAAUGCAAAGUUAGAAAGCAAAGAGCCCAUUUCGAUGAGUGAAUUGGCAUUGUUCAAGUUUAAACAAACCCCUCCUAUUUCUGGACACUUAUUUUCUUUGGUAUUAGGAGACUUGGAAUGUAGAAGUAUUGAUGAAGGUGAUGAGAGUAUACCUAUUUCAUUUUAUACCCCAAUUGGCGAAGGUAAUAAAGCUGCUUAUCCAUUAUCAGUAGCAAGUAAGAUCCUACCUUUCCUUUCGAAACAACUUCAAACCCCUUAUCCAUUGGAGAAAUUAGAUUUUGCAGCUAUACCAUUUCUUUCAGAUGUCGUGAUGGAAAACUGGGGACUCAUCACUUUGCUCCUGGAACAGGUUUUAAAUAGCUCGAGUAAGCAACAAAUCCGUCAGCUAAUCUCUCAUGAAUUAGUACACCAAUGGGUUGGGAACUUGGCUACUUUCAAUGAUUGGAAGUGGAUGUGGUUAAAUGAAUCAUUCGCUACCUGGUUGGGUAAUGUUAUCCUCAAGAAGAUUGAAAUUGAAGUUGAAGAUAAGCAGAACUUUGCUUUGAAUACAAUAAUUGAAAAGCAUCAAGAAAUGGUGUCCUCUAAUGUUUCAAUAUCCGAGUUCACAAACUCCCUACUGGGUUAUAUUCUAAACUGCACUACUUCCAACACCGGGGAUUUAUUCAACAGAGAAGUUUACGAGAAAGGUAUUUCUUUAUUGAAUAUGAUUGCAAGUGUACUUGCUGGGGGCGAAGAAAAUGAGUACACUAAUAUGUUGCAAGGUGUUUCCAAUUUCAUUGAAAAGUAUAAGUAUACUUCAGCAUCUGGAGAUGAGCUUUGGAAAUGCUUAGAUGAGCGAACCGGUGCCCCAUUGAUCGAAAUAAUUGACUCAUUUACAGCAAAUCAUGGAUUCCCAAUUGUUGAAGUUAAACUUGAAAAUGGGAACUUGAUAUCUAGUAUCGAUCAAGAAGGUUUUGAGCUUGCAUUAUUCUCAAAAUCAACUGACGGUAAAUUGAAAACUAUUAUUACUAAAGAGAGAAAAACAAUUCUAGCAGAAAACGAAAGUUCUUUCGUCUGCCUCUCUAACGUUGGAUAUUAUCAAGUUAAAUAUUCCUUGUCUGUAUUACCAUCUCUAGUUGCAAAUUUCGGCCGUUUGUCAUCUACAGAUCUUUUAACCGUAAUCACCGACUAUGGCUACUUUCUCCAACUGGCACAAGAUUCUUCUCCAGAUGAACUUAUUGUUUAUGUAAAGUUGAUGGACAUUUUUGCUUCAUCAGAGUCUUCUGUGGACUUUAACGUCUUGAGUGUUGCCCUUUCGUUUUUGGAAAAAAUUAAUAAUAUCUUGCUUCACUAUUCCACCUACGACGAAUUCUCAAAAUGGUUACUGAAUUUUACUGUCAAAUUAUCAAAUAAAAUAGGUAGUUGGGACUUACAAUUGAAGAGAGGGGACACAUAUUCUCCUGCUGAGAUGUCAGCUAGAAACUCUAUUCUUCUUUUAAACCUACAGAAUCCAGAUUUCCAAAGUAUUGGUAAAAAAUUGUUCAGGAAUUUGGUUAACCCUGGAAUGACUAAACCUUUUACACCAAAGGAGCUAAUUCCAUCAAUUUUCAACCUCGUUAUGCUGCUGGCAAGCCAAAAAGAAUACAAGCAGGUUCUUGCCUUUGUGAAAAAUUCGGAAGGAAGUGUCUUAGACAACACUAAUAGUUCCAAGGAGUAUUUCCAAACAUGUGCCAUAUCGUCGCUAUCUUUUGUAAACAGCCAAGAUUUGUUAUCCAAGCUGCUUAACUUUGUCCUCACGAACAUUGAUUCCAAGUUAAUUGAGUUGGCUUUAAUCGGAUUCCAAUACAAGCAUGACAAAGAUGCAAAGUUGAAACUUUUCCAAUGGUACUCUGUAAACUAUGGCACCCUCGUUUUACGUUCAUUACAGCAAAAUAAUUCAUGGUCUGUCCAAUUAAAAUCAACUUUGCAUAAUUUAACGAGAUUAAUCUUAGGAGACAUUAUGGUUUUUGAUCCAGAGUUAUUGAAGUUGAAGUCUGAUUUUGUUGAAAAGGGCAAAAAAUUGCCUGAACACGGAUUAAUUGAUACUUUGAGCCAAAAACAAGAAGAAAAUGAUUAUAAAGUUGUCAUUGGGUCAUAUUACGAAAACCUCAUCCGAACCUUGUAG